ACGUCGCUGUCGUGUGCCUACCGGAGCUUCAGUUGAACAUCGCCAAAGAAACCACCUCCGCCAUCCUCCACCUCCACCUCCACCUCCACCGGUACAUCAGCCCAUCAUGUCCGCCGACGGUACCAUACUCAAAGCGGAUAGAGACUACACCGCCGAAGUCGACGCCGCCCUCCCGGAAGCAGAGUCGCUCGCCUCCUCCGGCCAGACACAGGCCGCCAUAGACAAACUCCUUGCACUUGAGAAGCAGACACGGCAAGCCUCAGACCUCCCUUCCACCUCGCGAUUGCUAGUCACAAUCGUGACGAUAUGCAAGAACGGCAAGGACUGGGCGCUUCUGAACGAGCAGGUGUUGCUGCUCAGCAAGAAGCAUGGCCAGCUGAAACAGGCCAUCACCAAGAUGGUCCAGACGGUCAUGGGCUUCCUGGACGAUAUACCAGAGGCGGGCGGGAAGAAGAUGAGCGUGAUUGAGACGCUGAGGACGGUGACGGAGGGCAAGAUCUUCGUCGAGGUAGAGCGAGCGCGAGUCACACGGAUCCUAUCACGCAUCAAGCAGGCCGAAGGCGACAUUGCCGCCGCCGCCGACAUUCUCUGUGAGCUGCAAGUAGAAACGUUUGGCUCCAUGGCGCGGCGAGAAAAGACCGAAUUCAUCCUCGAACAGGUAGCCUUGUGCAUUGAGAAGGGCGACUGGACGCAGGCAGCCAUCCUAGGCCGCAAAAUCAGCACACGCUACUUCGCGCGAAGACCGAAACGAACACCAGAGGAAAUAGAGAAGCGCAAGAAGGAGAAAGAGGAGCAAGCGCGCCGGAACGCCGACACAGCCGUAGGCGACACCGCUGACAUCGACCCGGACGAAGACGACGUCACCGACCUCAAACUUCGCUACUACGAGCAACAAAUCACCCUCGCUAAGCACGACGACAAGUACCUGGAAGCGUGCAAACACUAUCGCGCCGUCCUCGACACCGAAGCGGUCGAAAACAACCCCGAACAACUCCGAGCCGCGCUCCAACGCGUCAUCUACUUCAUCCUGCUCGCACCCUACGAUAACGAGCAAUCCGACCUCCUCCACCGCAUCUCACAAGACACGCGCAUAGCCACCUCCUGUCCAAAGGACGGCCAACUCCUCAAACUCUUCACCAAACCUGAACUCAUGCGCUGGCCGUCCAUCGAAGCAAAUUUCGGCUCCCACCUAACCAGCACGGAUAUCUUCUCCGCCACCCCACCCCCCACCACCCAUCCAAAGAAGGGCGUGGACCCAAAAUCCCACACCCGCUACACCACCCUCCGCCGCCGUGUAAUCGAGCACAACGUCCGCGUCAUCGCUCGUUACUACACCCGCAUCACCUUCGCCCGCCUCACCACCCUCCUCGACCUGCCCUCAACCGAAACCGAGAAAUACAUCUCCGAUCUCGUGGUGGGCGGGACGAUCUACGCGCGGAUUGAUCGGCCCGCCGGGGUGGUGAGUUUCGAGAAGAAGAGGGAUGCGGAUGAGGUAUUGAAUGAGUGGAGUGGGGAUCUGAAGCAGCUUUUGGGGGUGUUAGAGAGGAUUGGGCAUUUGAUUACGAAGGAGGAGAUGAUGGCGAGGAUUUUGCCGGGUGGGGGGAGGCAGCAGGAGGGGGGGAAGGGGUUGGCGGUGAGAUGAGGUGGGGGAGCAUGGGAACGAGCGUGAGCGCGUGAUGGCCGAAAAGAGUGUGGCAAUGGCGCGGCGGAAGCUCUAGCGUUUGUAUGAUCACAUUGUAGAAGUACAUGUAGAAGCGACAGCGCGGAUGCGGAAUCACGCUCCAGAUGUCCCACAGCGUCCGUUGCAGCGUACGGGAAUGAACUGCGAUAAACCGGGCGGUAUCAUAAAUAUUACAAGAACAUUCCAUGUCCGCGGAAGACUAACUUCAUGAUGUUCGUC